GUGUAUGCAUGUGGGGGUGGGCUCGCUAAGAUUCUGUAAGGCCAGUUACUGCCGGGGGCGGUGAGCCUCUGGCCGUGGCUGAGCUGUCCUUUUAACUUAGUUCGUCCCUUGUUGUAGUUUAUUAAACUUUUUAAAAUUCUAAGAAGUGAGGCGUCGUUUCUCACAACAAAGAAUUAGACCACUUGAUUUGUAGGGGGGGUGGAGAAAGUCAAGAUGAAUAACCCCGAGGCUGUGGAACUCUGACGGAGCCAAAGUUGUAAAAUCACUUCCGACUGCCUGCGACCCCAGGGAGCCUUGGGAAUUAACAGCGGGACAGGAAUGGGGAGCUCCUGGUGAUCUGGGCACUUUCUCCUUCAUGUUACUGACCUGGGAGGAGCCGCUUUAGGAUAUGGAUCCCAAAGGAGCAAGAAGAACCAGGAAGCGCUGCUGAUCUGGACAGACCCCCUUUGCCUGCUGCUGCCCCACAGUGAACAGUAUACAGAUUCCAAAGGAGCAAGAAGUACCAGGAAGUGCCGCUGAUCUGGACAGACCCCCUUUGCCUGCUGCUGCCCCACAGUGAACAGGGAGCCAGUGAGGAGCUGCAUUGUCCAUCCCCGGAUUCUCCAAGCACUGACUUCCCAUCCACUCUCAUCACAGCUGGGGGCCACAUCCCACCGCCUGCCCAGUGUCCAUCCAUGGAGGUGAGCACUGUGUCCGUGCCUCCCGCCUCAGCCAUGGAAGGAGGUGAUCUGUGUGAAAUCAGUGUCAUCAACAUGGUCAUACACAAUGUGGCACUGUUCAUCUGCCUCUGUGGGCUGUUUGGGAACGUGCCUGUCUUCUGGAUAUUCAGCGUCAGAAGUUGCACCGACUUGCUGGCUGAUCUGACUACCACUGACUCCCUCUUCCUCUUCUUUGCGGUCCCCUACACCCUGCUCUGCCUGGUGAAUGACGUGUUCUGCUCCGCUUUGGUGCCCCUGAGGUACUUGAACUUGCUUUUCCAGCUGUCACUGUUUGUCUACCACACAGAGCUGUUAUGGCUGAUGAUCACCAACAUCAAGAGGUACUGGCCCAUCAGCUUCAUAUUCUGGCGCCACGUCUACCAAUACUUGAGCGAGUUGUGCAUGAUGAUAAGACCCCUGCACUGGGCCUUUUUCUAUGCUGUCAUUGAUGUCAUUCUAAUAGCAUAUUUCCCACGCCUUUCCCAAGUGAAAUGCCAGCUGGUUCGCAUGUCCUUGGACAUCCUCAACCACCUCCUCUUUGCUGCACCCUGGGUCAUUUCCACUGCAAUCCUCUACGUUAUGGUCGUUUUGCACCCCCCACAGGAGAAACCCUCUAGUCUCGAACGCAUUAUCUUCUUCUCUGCACUCUACUCCUUCCCCAUCAGCCUCUCCAAUUUCAUGGGGCACCUUGGCUACACUGUGGUGUCCUCUCAGGUGGUUUUCCUGUUCACCUGCAUCCAGACCAGCAUCAAACCCUUCAUCUACUUCUGGGUGUGGUGGGUUGAGUACAGCAUAGUAUGAUGCCGCUCCAUGUCCCUCUGGCUCUUCUUCCAGAGGGUUUUUGAGAAGCUGAAAGUCAACAUUGCCAGCAGCAAUGAUGCCACCAUGGACACAGCUGUCCCAGACUGUUGAUCCCCUCCACUACACUGAUGAAGGACCAGGACAGUUUCUGAGAAUCUCCUUGAGCCACUGGAUUAAUAAAUAUCCACGGGAUCACCCUCCCCUGCUGUAUUAUUGCAAGAGAGGGGAGCAGGGGCAUGUGGGACAGAUGUCCUGCAUGGAGCACACUGGAGUAUGGCUUUCAUCCUCCCUCACAGAUCCUAGAACACUACUCUGCCAGAGUGAUCCAGACAGCUGUGAUGCCAGAAUUCCCCCUGGCACCUGGUUCCUGCAUCCUACUGUGGUCCGAUAUCAAUAAACAGCUUUGUUAACGCUGA